UUGCUCCCUAUAAAGGGCCUUUCACGAAGGCAGCGAACCAGAGGCGGCGACAAGAUGAGGCUGCUCACUCACAACAUGCUCUCAUCAAACAUCAAGGGCGUCUCCAAUGGCUUCCCUCUGCGGAUCGAAGCGGAGAAGGUGCUGCAGAAGCAGGUGGAUUUCAACUCCGAUUUCCUCCGCAACAUGUUCCCCAAGAUCGAGUGGAAGGCCCUCGUCGACGCCGCCGCGGCCCUGGGCUACGCCGAGCUCCCCGAAGCCGCGGCCGCCGCCGCGGCCAUGCUCGACUCCGAGGAAUUUCUCCGCCGAUUCCACCACGCCCUUCUCGAGCUCCACCUCGAGGAGGGGGCCCUCGUCUGCCCCGAGACCGGCCGCCGCUUCCCCGUCAACAAGGGCAUCCCCAACAUGCUCCUCCACGAGGACGAGGUCUGAGGUUAGGGUUAGGGUAUCGUAACAGUCUUUUGUUAGGGAUGGUGGUUGAUUACUAUAAUUAAUUCUGCUUUAUGUUAUCAGUUAUUGCGGAUUUGCAGCAACUUGUAUAAUUGAUCCGAUCCAGUUCUAUAACAUAUUCACAAGAGAAGAAUCAAAAUGCCCUGGGUUUCCUCAUC